UGAAGUUCUUGUGGUUUAUCGAUUAUUGGUGGUGGUGAUUAUCUUAUCCGCAAACUCAACCAUGGCUUUUACUUCUUUUACAGCCCAGUCUCUUCUCAAGAAACACCCAUUACAGCGGAUACACAGUCCUUCUCGCGGCUUCUCUGCCUUGGUUCAUUUACUGGGACUUUCCAGUUUUGUAUGGUCUUUUAAAUAUAUGCAUGAAAAUCCCAACCACGCCAAUGAGGCAUAUGGCUGGCAUUUUCAGUACCUGACGGUCAUCGGGUUAUCCCUGUCCACGCUUACCUUCGCGAUUGGUCUGCUAGCGGACGUAACCUUAUCCGCGCGACUGUUUUUGAUCAAGAACCUCCUGUCGAUAUGCAGCGCACCUUUGGAGGUUCUGAUCAGCAUUCUGUAUUGGGGUCUCCGCGUGAUCGAUGAGCGUUUGGUGGUACCUGAUUGGGCUGUCAUACCUUUGAACGCAGAUAUUAGUUUCCAUGCCAUCCCGUCUAUUGUCCUUCUGAUCGAUCUCUUUCUGCUUUCCCCACCAUGGACGAUUAGUAUCCUACCCGCCCUCAGCUUGUCCAGCACCAUUGCCUUUGGAUACUGGUUCUGGAUCGAACGUUGCUUCUCGUAUAAUGGAUGGUACCCUUAUCCAAUCUUCGAGCAACUUCCUUUUGAAGGCCGCAUCGGACUGUUUGCCCUCAGCGCCGUCGUCAUGGCUCUGAGUACCGGCACCCUGAAGUGGCUUUACGGCCGCGUGAAUGGCUAUGGGACCCAGUCUAAGCCGCAUUCUCGCCCUGGCGCUAUCUCUCAGAAUGGCAGCCUUUAAUCCGCGCGGUCCUUCUCAGUCAGAUUUAGAACUCUCUGUCUUCAACAUCUUCAGCGAAUGGCAUCAGCAACAGAACUCUAUACUUUACUUCUAUAUAUAUAUAGAGAGAGAGAGCAUUCGUAUUUAUAGGUCGAUAGAUUUAUUAUACAUGUUGUUUUAGAGAAAUAAAACAGUUCGAAAGUU